CCCCCAUCUACAAGACUGAAUACGUUCAUGUUCUCUUAUUCCCAUGUGGCAAGUGCUCUAGCGUUCUUUUGCUUUGAGAAUACUUUGAUCCAGGCCAUGGACAAUAGGUGUAUUUCAAGGUCAGUGUUCGCAAAAGUUCAGCCAUUGACGAGGCUGCUACAUGGUCUCAAACAUGCCCCCUCCACUUCAUGCUUUGCAACCAUCUGGCUUUCUCGGGGGUCGCCUGUCAAGCCUGUUCCCAACUUUGCCGCUGGAGAGAGGAGCUGAGGUGUCAGGAGCCUGGUUUAUGCAGUUCCAUGCAGUGCGUAUAUCCGUAGGUAAAGUGUAGG